UCCCCCAUCUUCAACUCUCCAAUCUUGCUUCUUUCUUCAGCGUUUCACACCGUCCGAACUCCAAUAUCCCAACCAAAGAAAACAAUGGGUUCAGCCGGUGAAACCCAAAUGACUCCCACCCAAGUCUCCGACGAGGAAGCGAACUUAUUCGCCAUGCAACUGACCUGUGCCUCAGUUCUACCCAUGGUCCUCAAGUCAGCCAUAGAACUCGACCUGCUCGAAAUCAUGGCCAAAGCUGGUCCAGGUGCUUUCCUGUCCCCAAAAGAAUUGGCUUCCCAGCUCCCCACGAAGAACCCUGAUGCACCUGUCAUGCUAGACCGCAUCUUGCGCCUCCUUGCUAGCUACUCCGUUCUCAAUUGCUCCUUGCGUACUCUUCCUGAUGGCAAAGUGGAGAGACUCUAUGGUCUUGGUCCUGUCUGCAAAUUUUUGACCAAGAAUGAGGAUGGUGUCACUCUUUCCACCCUAAGUCUCAUGAAUCAGGACAAGGUCCUCAUGGAGAGCUGGUACUACUUGAAAGAUGCAGUGCUCGAAGGUGGAAUUCCGUUCAACAAGGCCUAUGGUAUGACGGCAUUUGAGUACCAUGGCACAGACCCUAGAUUCAACAAGGUUUUCAACAGGGGAAUGUCUGAGCACUCUACCAUUACCAUGAGGAAGAUUCUUGAGACCUACGAUGGCUUUGAGGGAGUCAAAACACUGGUUGAUGUUGGCGGUGGUACUGGUGCCACACUUAACAUGAUCAUCUCCAAGUACCCCUCCAUAAAGGGCAUUAACUUUGAUUUGCCUCAUGUCAUUGACGAUGCUCCAGCUUAUCCUGGUGUGGAGCAUGUUGGUGGAGAUAUGUUUGUAAGUGUUCCAAAAGGAGAUGCCAUUUUCAUGAAGUGGAUAUGUCAUGACUGGAGCGAUGAACACUGCUCCAAAUUUUUGAAGAAGUGCUAUGAAGCUUUGCCAGACAAUGGAAAAGUGAUUGUUGCCGAAUGCAAUCUCCCAGAUUACCCAGAUGCUAGCCUUGCCACAAAGUUAGUUGUCCAUAUUGAUUGUAUCAUGUUGGCUCACAACCCUGGUGGGAAAGAGAGGACUGAGAAGGAAUUUGAGGCCUUGGCAAAGGGUUCAGGAUUUCAAGGUUUCCAAGUAAAGUGUUGUGCUUUUGGCACUUAUAUCAUGGAGUUUCUCAAAACGGUUUGAAUCUUUGGCUUUGCUACAUGCUUCACCAUUACUUUUGGAUUGUAAGCUUAAUUUGUGAUUGUAUCAAAGGUGGCUUUCCGGAAUACAUAGUUCUUCUUGCUCACAGAAAACAAUAAGAAUGAGAUUUUAUGCUCCUUGUGUAAAAUAAAUACUAUUUUAUAUAUGUUGAUAGAUGUACCCCCUUCCUCACUGUAACUAUUAAUUAAAGUGUUGUUUAAUGUCUCCAAAAGGUGAUUGUAUAAAUACAUAUUUUGUUUGCGGCAUUUUCUUUUA